AUGGUCGCAGAGCGGAAUAAAAAAGGCACAAGCGGGGCCGCUGCCACCUAUGUUACCAGAGCGAAAGCACUGCGAAUGCUGCAGCUCUCGCUCAGCGACUUUCGCCGACUCUGCAUCCUAAAGGGCAAAUUCCCACGAGAUCCUCGGAACAAGUUCGAGGGGCCGCGGCGGACAUACUAUUUGAAGAAGGAUAUCCAGUUCCUUGCGCACGAGCCUUUAAUCAACAAGUUCCGUGAGUUGGCCGCCUUCCGACGCCGCUACCGGCGAGCGCUGGCGCGUGGCGAGUUCUCCCAGGCGGCUCUGGCGGCCAGAUCGUCACCGGUUUAUUCGCUCGAGCAUCUAAUACGCGAACGCUAUCCAUCGUUUACGGAUGCGCUUGCUGAGCUUGAUGAUGCGCUAACGAUGGUGCACACGUUCGCCGAAAUAUCUCGACCGGGCGAUGGGCGACGCGGUGUCAGUCGGGGGCUUUUCCCCCCGGCACGACUGGAAAAUUGUGCGCGGUUAGCCAGAGAAUGGCAGCUGUUUCUGAUGCUGCGACCAGGUCACCUGCGCCGCCUAUUUGCGAGUGUCAGAGGUUUCUAUUUCGAAGCUCAAAUAGAGGGUGUACGGAUACUUUGGUCGCAGCCGCAUCGUUUUGUUCAGUAUGUGCCGCCUUCGGUCGACUUGAAAGUUAUGAGCACGUUCCUCGAGUUCCAUGAGGCACUGCUCCACUUUGUGCUGCUUCGACUCUAUCGUCGGGUCUUAGGGGUCGAGUACCCGCCGCGCGUCGAUCGCAACGCAGAGUCGCGCGGGGCGCUUCUCCGCGAAAUGAUGGAAGUUCGCACAUUGGCGCAGUUAGGGCCUAUUCCAGAGUCAAAUUGCAUCGAUGUACCGCUUUCGGUUUCGCGCUCGAACAGGGACUCCACGGAUUCGAACAUGCACGACAGCACAGGCGCUCUGCGACUGGCAAGCGCGGGAACGGGCACAGGAGCAGCAGCGUCGCAGCAAGUACAAAACGGCACCGAUGUCGAUGAAGAGGCGCUGGAAACGGUCUCCAACCAGGGGACGCAUUCUCCCGAGACAACUGCUCCGCCGCCUUCACUCGUGGACGGCCUUGCCCAAACCGAUCAUUCAAGGGAUACGCUAGCGAAUCUCUUCCGGGGUCUCUACUUUUACGUACAUCGUGAGACACCCGUUCACAUCUUGGAAAUGGUACUCUACGCCUGCGGCGCCGAAGCCGUUGGCUAUGAGAGUCCAUGCACGUCAACAUCGCCGCUGACUAUUGAUGACGAUCGUAUUCACUAUGUGAUUGCUGAUCGUCCACUCGAAAUGCUGCCCAGCAGACGCUUGGAUCGGGAGUAUAUCCAACCUCAAUGGGUAUUCGAUUCGAUCAAUGAAGCGUUUCGUUUACCAACAUGGUUAUAUCGCGUUGGGCGUCGCUUGCCACCGCAUCUGAGCCCGUGGGAGUCCGAACUCGAGGAGGAGACACGCCAGCGACUCCAGCAUACGGAUGCAGCGAGCAGUGCCGAAGUGCAGCGCCCCGCAUAUCGCCUCUAUUUGGAGCGCGUGAAGACCGGCGCCACCAGCGUUCCUUUACCCAAAGAAUUAGCAUGGCUUGAAGAGCCACAAGCAUCUGUGGCUUCCGGGUCUGACUCGCAUACCAAUCAUCUCCAGACGAAUCCCGAGAUUGCAGCGUCCCAGAGACCCCUUGAUGCUGUCGAUAGUGACCACGAGGCGACGCUGGACGCCGCCGAUUCCGAUUCCGAUGAUGAUGGUGAUGUUCCUGAGUAUACCAAAUCGAAACAUGCGGGCACGACACCCAUUGCCGUGGAGAAGAAGCUCGCAGAGCAGCGUCAUCGACAGCGAAUGCUGCUCAGUCGGAGGAAGCAGCGGCUGUAUGACGAGCUCGUUGCGCGACAACUUCAAGAGCAGAAAACAGGAACAUCUGCGGCACUGGUGAAACGCCCACGACAUGGACGCUAA